CAUCUAUCCACAUAUCUCUUCCGCUUUCUCCAGGCCAUCCGUUGCCUGACAGUAAUUAUUGACUGUUAUGUCUGAGUAAGCACUAGCCAUAGCAGCUUCCUGUUUGGGAAGUGGCGCAGACAGCCAGAUGAGGCUGAGCGGGAAUCGGAGGUUGUUUUUUCCCUUUUGGGUUCCUUUUCAGUCCUGGAAAGACGCCGUUUAUUCCUGCUUCUCUCGCUGCUUACGAUGGAGAUCGCCAUGCGGGCCAUCAGCACUAGAUAUGCAGGGCUCUGUGGGGGUGAAGGGUCCUUGCAUAUAAAAACCUCUUUCUCUUUCGUCUUUGCCUAUUUUAUUCCGAGAACCAGACUCACACAAACUCUGCGCCAUGGCCUUCCUUUACGCUCUCCUCCUGGCAGCCCCUUGUCUAGCCAGCGUCGUGCUGGAACAGGUGGCGACGGUCCCUGCAGACUGGAAACUGGUUAAGCAGGCCGAUCCUAGCGAUAACAUCUCCCUCUCCGUGGCGCUGAGCCGGCAGAACCUCGACCUGCUGGAGUCGACUCUGCUGGCGGUCUCGACGCCCGGAAGUGACAGCUACGGUCAAUUCCUGGACGUGGACGAGGUGGAAACCCGUUUCCCGCUCGCCAAUGAUACUGCUGUCGUCUCGUGGCUGAAGGAGGCGGGCGUCACACAGAUCUCGCGGCAGGGAGGGCUCGUCAACUUUGCGACCAGCGUCGAGACAGCCAAUUCCCUGCUCAACACUACCUUUGCUGUCUACGCCAAGGGAGGCUCCCGCAAGACGCGUACGACGCAGUAUUCCGUGCCCGAGGAUCUCGUGGGAGAUAUUGAACUGAUCGCUCCGACGGUCUUCUUCGGCAGGCCGAUUGCCGACCGGUCAGUGGACUUUCAAGCUGCUGAUACCAGUGUCGCUGCGAAGAGGACCACGGAUGUCUGCGAGAAAAUCACCCCAGACUGUCUAAAGGAACAAUACAACAUCAGCGACUAUACACCGCUUGCCUCGUCAGGUAGUCGGAUUGGCUUUGGCAGCUUCCUGAACGAGUCGGCUCUCUAUUCAGAUCUUGACCUAUUCACGGAGCACUUUGGCAUUCCUGAGCAGAACUUCACCGUCGAGACGAUCAAUGGCGGGGUGAACAAUCAGACGGUUGAUCCGGAGGGGGAAGCCGACCUGGACGUGCAGAGCAUCGUUGGCAUCUCGCAUCCUUUACCUGUGACCGAAUUCAUCACUGGAGGAUCUCCUCCGUAUAUCCCUGACGCUGCGACGACGACCGAUGAGAACGAGCCAUACCUGCCCUAUUACGAGUAUCUGAUGUCCAAGAGCAAUGCCGACCUGCCGUUGGUGAUCAGCAACUCCUACGGCGAUGAUGAGCAGACCGUUCCUUUCGCCUACGCAACUCGAGUCUGUAACCUGAUCGGCCUGAUGGGCAUAAGAGGCAUUUCCAUCCUGGAGUCAUCCGGCGAUGCCGGUCUCGGGGAGUAUUGUUUUUCCAACGACGGAACCAACAGUUCAACAUUCAUCCCUACCUUCCCCGCGUCAUGCCCUUAUAUCACUGUCGUGGGAGGCACGCAGGAUAUCCCCGAGGAGGCGUGGGUGGAUGGCGCGGGCGGCUUCAGCAAUUAUUUCCCGCGCCCCGUAUACCAAAACGAGCAAGUCGAGAGGUACUUGAACAACUAUCUUUCCUCUGCCGUGAAGGAGUAUUAUACUCCGUAUACGAACUUCCUGGGGCGGGCGUUCCCGGAUGUUUCUGCCUUUGCAGGCUCUCCUUACUACCAAAUCUACACCAACGGCGUGCUGGGUUCUGUGGCCGGCACAUCUGGCGCCUGCCCCGUGUUUGCAGCCGUGGUCGCUCUGCUCAACGACGCGAGACUGCGAGCGGGCAAGCCUCAGCUUGGCUUUCUGAACCCCUGGCUCUACAGCGCUGGAUACGAGGCCCUUAACGAUAUCACACUGGGCGGAUCGGAGGGCUGUAAGGGCAACACCAUUCCCUGGGCGUCGUGGAAUGCGACGGCGGGCUGGGAUCCGGCGACGGGGCUUGGGACGCCGAAUUUCGAAAAGAUGAAGGCGGCUGUUCUGAAUGUUGUAUAGCUUAUAGUUGUACUAUAGCUAAUUAUAGGGUGUUGGGGUGGGGAAGGGUCCCUACGCCAGAUAAUCAUAUUUACUUAAUAUAUACACUGAAUCUUGCUG